UUGGACCGCCCCUUCCAGUUCUUCAAGUUGUCGCCAAUUGGUGCGCUCUGUGACGUCACGCGGUUCGAUUGGUCAGUUUGACUACGUUCUGUAUUUGAAUGGGUAACGGGUGGUGGUGUUUUUGAGAGUGAUUGUUACGCUUGGUACAGAGCGACGGUGGAACGUUCUAAGGCCGUGUCGCCAUGGCAGACGCGCAGGACACCUACUCCUAUGAUGCCCCAUCUAUUUUCAACUUUAGCUCAUUCCAUGACGACCACAACGCGGACUCCUGGUUUGACCAAUUGACCAAUGCAGAAAAUAUUCCCCCAGACCAGAAACCGCUUUCUGAGACUUCUGUAAAUGCUGAGCAGAAUUGCAAGGUGGAGCCAGGAAUGAUCACCCCUUCAAAGGAGGAAGUCUCAAAGAGUACUACACAUGUUUGUGAUGUGAAAUCUCAGACAAAGCGGUCUGCCAGGCGGAUGUCUAAGAAACAUCGGCAGAAGAUCCUCCUAAAAACGAAGGAGACACAUCUGGAAAAAGAGACGGCACAAUCUGAAUACCCACCAUGCAAAAAACUAAAAGGGUCCAGUACUAAAGACAGACAAGCUCCAGUAAUCAGGGGCCAACCCACAAGCAGCCAUCAUGGCACCACCUCUCCAAAACCGAAAGCCCAACUAACCAUGCCCGCAACUCCAACUGUGCUGAAGAGGAGGAACAUUCUGGCGAAGUCUAAAAGUUCAGAAGAACAAGAGCUUGAGAAAAUGCAAGCGCUUCAGAAGGAAAUGCUAGAGAAUCUCAAGAAAAAUGAGCACUCCAUGAAAGUUGCCAUAUCUGGAGCAGGUCAGCCAGUGAAGAACUUCAUUCCAGUCACAAAACCAGUGGAUUUUCACUUUAAAACGGAUGAUCGACUCAAGCGUAAUGCCAAUCCGCCUGAGGGAGAUGGCUACAAGGAGGUGGACUUUGCUUCGGUGCUAAGGAAACCCCCAACAUCACCAGUCCAGGUUACCAAAGGAGGACACACUGUCCCAAAACCCUUCAACCUAUCCAAGGGCAAACGAAAACAUGAGGAGGCUUCAGACUUUGUCUCCACUGCUGAGCAGGUUGUUGCCUUUUACAGAAGAACUCCAGCACGUUACCACCUGCGCAGCCGCCAGAAGGAGAUGGAGGGACCCUCUCCAGUGAAGAUGCUCAAACCAAAACUGACCAACCCAAAGACCCCACUGCUCCAAACCAAACAGCGUCAUCGGCCAACCACAUGUAAAAGUGCUGCAGAGCUGGAAGCUGAGGAACUAGACAUGAUUCAUCAGUACAAGUUUAAGGCUCAGGAGCUGGACACUAGAAUCCUGGAAGGGGGUCCAGUCCUCCCUAAGAAGCCCUCUGUCAAGGAACCCACUAAAGCCAUUGGUUUUGACUUGGAAAUAGAGAAGAGAAUCCAGCAGCGGGAGAAGAAAGAUGAAGUGGAAGAAGAGGCCUUUUCUUUCCACUCUAGACCUUGCCCUUCCAAAAUUCUGGCAGAUGUGGUGGGGGUCCCCCAGAAGAAGCUUCUCCCAGUGACUGUGCCUCAGUCUCCUGCUUUUGCUCUGAAGAACAGGGUACGCAUUCCGGCACAGGAAGAGAAGGAAGAGGAGGUGCCAGUUAUUAAAGCCACUCGAAUGCCGCACUACGGGGUCCCAUUCAAGCCCAAACUUAUAGAACAGAAACAAGUGGAGGCUUGUCCCUUUUCCUUUUGUGAGCGAGACAAGGAGCGGCAGCUGCAGAAAGAGAAGCGAUUGGAUGAACUUCGCAAAGAGGAGGUCCCUAAAUUCAAAGCUCAGCGGCUGCCACAGUUCGAUCACAUCAGCCUUCCUGAGAAAAAGGUGAAGAUGCCCACCCAGCAGGAGCCAUUUCAGCUUGAGAUUGACAAACGCGGAGCCACCAAAUUGCAGCGCUGGCAGCACCAGAUCAAAGAGGAGCUGAAGCAGCAAAAAGAAAUGGUUGUGUUUAAGGCGCGGCCCAACACUGUUGUCCACCAAGAACCUUUUGUUCCCAAGAAGGAAAGUAGGAGCCUUACAGAUAGCCUUUCUGGUUCCAUGAUUCAAGAAGGCUUUGAGCUGGCUACAGCAAAAAGGGCCAAGGAGCGCCAGGAGUUUGAGAAGUGCUUGGCAGAGAUGGAAGCUCAAAAGAGCCUUUUGGAAGAAGAGACCCGAAAGCAACGGGAAGAGGAAGAAAGGGAAGAGAUCAAUCAGCUGAGGCAAGAGCUGGUGCAUAAGGCACAGCCUAUCAGGAAGUUCAAAGCUGUGGAAGUUAAAGCCAGUGACGUCCCACUUACUGUCCCCGCAUCCCCUAACUUCUCGGACAGGUUUAAGUGCUGAUGUGCUCCCUGUACUAAGCAAAUCCAGAUUCGGGUAGUGGUUACCUAUUCAUGCCCUGGACCAUACAGUCUAUUGUACAAACAAGUGUCCUUAAAAUAGUGGCAUAAAUCAGGGCAAAGAUCUGCUCAUUCGGGGUGUUAUGUAAAUACUAUAUUAUAUGGCCUGGAGGGGCCUGUUUUUAGGUCUCCCUGUAUGCGAAUACUUAUGCUUUUAUUGUGCCCUGUAAUAAACUGUGGAAAUGUAA